AUGGCCAAGCAACCUAACCUUCUGGCAUUCCCCAAUGUCAGCGCUCUGGCCAGAGCGUUGCGAACAUACAUAAUCCAGUGCCAAACCGCAGGCCUGCACCGCCAUGACGUCUUCAAAAUCGCCGUCUCCGGCGGCUCUCUCCUCAAUACCCUCGCGCAGGCGCUUCUUGCACCAGCCAGCUCCGAUGAAGACGUCGUAAAGUUCAACAAAUGGGAGAUCUUCUUCGCAGAUGAGCGGGCGGUGCCUCUCGAUCACGAAGACUCCAACUACAACCUUUUGAAGACCGAGCUUCUGGAUAAGAUUCCCGAGAACAUGGGCAAGCCUACCGUGCACCCAAUCGACGUUGCACAUUUGGAUGAUACGCAAGAGCUUGCCGACCAGUACGAGAAGGUCUUGGUGAACAGCUUUGCCGCGAGGGAUAGCGUCAAGCUGCCUAUUUUCGAUCUGCUGCUCUUAGGCUGUGGGCCUGAUGGCCAUACAUGCAGCUUAUUCCCCGGCCAUGAGCUACUGAGAGAGUCUGACGCCUGGGUCGCGCCGAUUGAGGACUCGCCAAAGCCACCAUCAAAGAGAAUCACCCUUACCUUACCAGUUGUGACGCACGGUGUCAAGAUCGCCUUCGUGGCUACGGGAGAAGGAAAGAAAGAAAUUAUGAAGAAGAUAUUCGAGGAGGCCAACGGCCUCCCAUGCACGCUGGUCAAUGAGGGUGCUGGGGAUAGAUGUACCUGGUUUACAGAUGCGGCAGCGGUAGACGGGGUCAGUUAUCCAAGAAGAGGCAGCCUCUGA